GCUAACAGACAAACACACCUGAAAGGUUUUUCCACGUUUCAGCUCCAGUAUUGAUCUGUUAGCGACUUAAACGCCCACAAAAACCAAAGUCUACUGAAGCUACUGAUGAUGUCAUCCAGGUGCAAAGUUCAGUUGGUCUGUGUGAGUUUGUUAAACCAGGAUCCAGCUGUGGUCGAACCUUCACCCUCCUCAGAGCAGCUGCUGCUUCAGGAAAACCUCAUGGAUCAAACGAUGAUGUUUUCAGAGGAUCUCUGACUCCGACUUGUUCAGCCGUGUCCUCAUUAAAUGCCUUGUUCCAACAGGAAAGCGUUACGUUAUCAGUUCAGUUUCAGAUUUCACAACCUCAGAAUCAGCUCAGUCCAAAGUAGAACCAGAGCAGCAGCAUGUUUACAGAACAACUGGAGUUUAAAUGGGAUGUUAUCCAGAUCCAGCAGAGCUUAGGAAGACUUUAGGCUGAGUUUUGAAGAGAUGGAGAACCUCCUCUGGUUAAAGGCUGGAUCCCUUUCAUUGGAAAAGCUCUGGAGUUUGGAAAAGAUGCUCAUAAGUUCCUGGAGGAACAUAAGAAGAAGUUUGGAGACGUCUUCACCGUGAAGAUAGCAGGUAAAUACAUGACCUUCGUCAUGGACCCGUUACUCUAUCCCAGCAUCGUUAAACACGGCAAGCAGCUCGACUUCCACGAGUUCUCCAACAAGGUGGCACCCUACACCUUCGGCUACCCACCGGUGAACAAUCAGAGUUUUCCCGGGCUGCGAAAGCAGGUCCAGCGCUCCUUCCACCUGCUGCAGGGCGACAGCCUGACGCCACUGACAGAGAGCAUGAUGGGAAACCUGAUGCUGGUGUUCCGUCAGGACCACCUGGGGCAGGACGGCGGCUGGAGGAGCGGCAGCAUGUACGACUUCUGCCACUCAGUCAUGUUUGAGGCCACCCUCCUCACCAUGUACGGCAGGCCGCCGGCUGGCCGGCGCCACGGCGGUUUGGACGCGCUGCGGGACGACUUCAUCAGCUUCGACAACAAGUUCCCGCUGCUCAUCGCCCAGAUCCCCAUCUGGCUGCUGGGACGCACCAAAGCCGUCCGAGACAAACUCAUCCGCUUCUUCCUGCCGGUGUCCUGUUGGUCCAACAUGUCACAGUUCAUCAGGAGGCGGGCGGAGAUGUUCGAGCAGUACGACGCACUGAGGGACGUCGACAAAGCAGCACACCACUUUGCCAUCCUCUGGGCAUCGGUCGGGAACACGGUGCCAGCCACCUUCUGGGCCCUGUAUCACCUGGUGAGCCACCCGGCGGCGCUGCAGGCGGUUCGACAAGAGAUCCAGGACGUCCUGCAGCAGGACGGCGUUGGGUGGAACAGAGACGGUGAUGUGACAUUGAGCCGACAGCAGCUGGAGCGACUCCUCUACCUGGAGAGCGCCAUCAGGGAGAGCCUCCGCCUGUCCUCAGCCUCCAUGAACAUCCGGGUGGCCCAGGAGGACUUCAGUCUGCGGCUGGACGGAGAGCGCUCGGUGGCGGUCAGGAAAGGAGACUUCAUCGCUCUGUACCCUCAGAGUAUGCACCUGGACCCGGAGGUCUACGAGGAGCCGCAGACGUUCCGGUUCGACCGCUACACGCAGGACGGCCAGCAGAAGACGGAUUUCUACAAGAAUGGCCAGAAGCUGAGGUACUACCUGAUGCCGUUCGGCUCCGGCUCCACCAAGUGUCCCGGCAGACACUUCGCCCUCAACGAGAUCAAGCAGUUUGUGUCUCUGCUGCUGCUGUACUUCGAUCUGCAGCUGGAGGACGGUCAGCCUAGAGCCUCGCUGGACCCCAGCCGGGCCGGACUGGGAAUCCUGCUGCCCAACGUUGACGUCCGCUUCCGCUACAGGCUCAGAACCCAACAACUGGACUGAGGUUGAAAGCUGUUGGAUGAUCUCUGAGGCUUGCCACAAACCUAAUGUUCAUCUAAAUCAACAUGGAGCAGCAUGGAAGAGAAAAGAUUUUUUCAAAUCUGACAAUGGAGCAAAAUGACUUAGUCGUAAAAUCAGCGAAUCAUCGUGAUGAACAGUCCAACCCUAACCCUGACCCAAAGAGCAAACUUAGUCCUAAAUAAAACGGUCCAGAAUGAUUCAACAUGUGGUUGUUUGGAUGGAUGGAUGAGAGAUGGAUGGAUGGAUGGAUGGAUGAUGAUGGUUGGAUGGAUGGAUGGAUGAUGAUGGAUGGACAGGUGGAUGGAUGGAUAAUGGAUGGAUGGAUGGAUGGUUGAUAGAUGGAUGGAUGGAUGGAUGGGUGGAUGGUUGAUGAUGGUUGGAUGGAUGGAUGGAUGAUGAUGGAUGGACAGGUGGAUGGAUGGAUAAUGGAUGGAUAAUGGAUGGAUGGAUGGAUGAUGAUGGAUGGAUGAUGAUGGAUGGAUGGAUGAAUGGGUGGAUGGAUGGAGGGAUGAUGAUGGAUAGAUGGAUGAUGGGUGGAUGGAUGGAUGAUGGAUGGAUGGAUGAUGAUGGAUGGAUGGAUGAUGGAUGGAUGGAUGAUGGAUGGAUGGAUGAUGAUGGAUGGGUGAUGAUGGAUGAUGAUGGAUGAUGGAUAGAUGAUGAUGGGGGGAUGGAUGGAUGAUGAUGAUGGAUGGAUGGAUGAUGGAUAGAUGAUGAUGGGUAGAUGGAUGGAUGAUGAUGAUGGAUGGAUGGAUGGAUGAUGAUGGAUGGAUGGAUGAUGCAUGGAUGAAUGACAGAUGGAUGGAUGGAUGAUGAUGGAUGGAUGAAUGACGGAUGGAUGGAUGGAUGGAUAGAUGGAUGGAUGAUGUAUGAUGAUGUAUGAUGGAUUGAUGGAUGGAUGAUAGAUGGACAGAUGGAUGGAUGAUGAGGAUGGAUGGAUGAUGGAUGGAUAAAAAAUGGAUGGAUGAUGGAUGGAUGGAUGAUGGAUGACAGAUGGAUGGAUGGAUGAAAGGACGAUGAUGGAUGGAUGGAUGAUGAUGAUGGAUGGAUGAUGGAUGGAUGAAUGACGGAUGGAUGGAUGGGUGGAUGAUGAUGGAUGGAUGGAUGAUAGAUGGACGGAUGGAUGGAUGAUGAUGGAUGGAUGGAUGGAUGGAUAAUGGAUGGAUGAUGAUGAUGGAUGGAUGGAUGAUGAUGGAUGGAUAAAUGAUGGAUGGAUGAUGGAUGAAUGAUGGAUGGAUGAUGGAUGGAUGGAUGACGGAUGGAUGGAUGGAUGAUGAUGGGUGGAUGGAUGGGUGGAUGGAUGGAUGAUGAUGGAUGAUGAUGAUGGAUGGAUGGAUAAAUGAUGGAUGGAUGGUCCAGAAUUAUUUAACAUUUGUCCAAAAUGUCUCAAAAUUUUCCAGAAUGAUCCAACCGUUUUUCAAAAUGAUGAAAAAUUGGUCAGAAUGACUGACGUGUCUAGAAUGGUCAACUGGUCCUAAAUGACUUACAAUGGUCUGGAAUUAUUCAACAUUUGACCACAGUGACUCUAAGAUUCAUCCAGAAUCACAACAGUCUGACAGACAGCACCAAUCAAAUAACUGCAGCUUGGCUCAGAACCCAGCAUCCAGAAUCUGUUAGACUGUAAAUAAUCCAACAUCUGCAGACAUUAGAUCAGAGUUUAUCUGAGGAAACGUGGAGGUUACCUGUUUUUAUACUUUUGUAAAAUGAAUAAUCAAAGCAUUUCUGUCUCCUUCUUCAUGAUGUUCUGGUUCCUCAAAGCUGCAGGACUUUAAAAUGUGAGUCUGAGCUUUCCUCAGUGUCUCUUUCCAGUCUUCUGAUUUACAUUCACUCGCUUCUCUGCUGCCCUGAAAUGUGAGUUUUUAUUUCCUGCCACCAACAAUGUGACCAAACUGAUCGAAAUGUGAGCAGCUGUGAAACAAAAUCCAGAUUUCUGAGUAAUAAACACUAAACUUUGCACUUGAAUGUGGAGGAACUGUAGAAGAGUCUGACCUGAUGUGUUUCACUGGAUUAUUGAUGCAAUAAUUCUGAGUUUUAAAAGACUGAACUUCUGUCCACAAAACACUAUUCUGUUGGUAAACUGGUCUUCAGGUGUCCCACUGGACUGUCAUUUAUUUAGAGUAAUGUGUUCUUUUAUUAAAAAGUGCCUUUAUAAUGUGAUGUUCUGUGAGAUUCCCUCAGACUGAAUGAAACUUUACUGUAAUUCAGUUUGUUAGAUUUUACACUUUCUUUGUCGAUGUGUUUUAAUCAACUGAUUUUGUAAACGAGAGGCUGAUCAAUGUGUCAAUGUGAAUAAAUAUAUCUGAUCAGAAACAA